CCUAUAUUAAAAACAUAUUAACGCCAACCUCUUCAACUGAUAUUGGUUUUUCAGCUCGCUGUUCAAAUCAUGAAACAUGAUAUGGAAGAAAUUUUGUUAGCUGAUUCUUGAUAAUACUAGUUCAAUAUGUGCCUUAUUAUCUUAUUGAGAGAUAGUUUUUUUUCUGUGGGAAAAAUCAUGAAGAAAUGACAUUCAUACUACUAUAAAAUUCUGUUAACAGAAUAAUUGAUAAACAAGACUUAAUGAUCAAUGGUCGGCAUUCUUAACUCUCCUUGUAUUCAGUAGAAACAGAGUCGAAUAUUGUAGUUGUUAGGGUUAUAUUUCCUAGGAAAUGGCUAAUAGAAAUACUGGAAUAUAGUUAAAAUAUUUACUUUUAAUUCGAGCGUUCAAGUAGUUGUGUAUUCUAGGACAUUAGCAGGCAAACAAAGCGGACAAUAUGUCUGCAACUAGUACAAGAACUGUUGUUAUUGCUGUUGAUAAUAGUGAACAUUCGGAAUAUGCAUUUGAUUUUUACGUAGAUAAUGUCCACAAAGAAGGCGAUCGUAUUGUACUGGUCCAUGUUCCAGAGUUCGGAGAUCUUCUCAAAACACCCGCAUUACUUACGGACCCGAACAUUGUGCAUGAUCUGUUAAAGGAAUGUGAGGAGAACACGAAGAAGCUGGUGGACAAGUACUCUGUCAAGAUGAAAGCAAAAGAUCUUUCAGGUAUCGUAAAACAGCAGUGUGGAAAAGCAGGGGAGGCAAUUCUUGAGGUGACGAAAACAGAAGGUGCCGCAUUGCUUGUUCUUGGAUCACGUGGCAUGGGUUAUGUGAGGAGAACAUUUCUAGGCAGUGUAAGCGACUUCUGCAUUCAUCACUGUAAAGUUCCUGUCAUUGUGUGUAGAAAUAAAAACCACCAUGACUCAUGUUUGCAAGAGACGUGACAUCUUACUUAUGAUCAGAACUGAUUUUCUUUUUGAUAAUGAUAUACUUUGAUUUUCUAUUACAUUUUGACUCGUAUUUACAUCAUAUCAUUUUACUUACAAUUUACAUAGUAAAGAUGUUUGGUAAGAGAUUUGCCUCCUGUUUGAGUGGACAAAUAUAUAUAUCAUCUUUAAUUAUGGAAAUAAUUAUCCGAUAUCAACAAAAUUAUCUGCAAAAUAUGUUUAUGAAAGGAAAAUUUUAACCUCUCCGUUACGUUAUAAAUUUACAUUGGUUUAGGAAAUGAGAUUUGAAAUGUCAAAUAACAUCAGUAAGCCAAAUGAAGUCAAGAAAAAUGAUACCUCUCUGCUAAAUGUAUGUCCGCCAUUUUUCAUUUAAAGAUAUUAUCUUUCUGUAUGCAUAUCUAUAUAAAUAUUAUUAUUUCUUCGCGCUGCCAUAACAGUUCAGAUACCUUCGUGUUUAUAUAAAUGCGCGCAUGAAUUUAAACGUUGCAAUAUUAUAUAUCAAUAAAUAAGUGAUUUUAUAUUUGUCUGAGGGCAGUCGUAUUGGCCCAAGGCUACAUGUACUUAUAAUAUUUCACAUUUAAUCCUUGGAUAUAAACACUACUAAAUCAUCACGCGAAUGUUUAGAAACGGAGAAUAUUUUGUUUCAUUUAUGCAACCUGUCGGCGUCUACACAUAGACCGAGUUUAAACAAACUGGCUGCCAGUUUCCCAGUUUCUUGCAGAAAUCUAUAUCAUUUUUGGUCCUGCCUUAUUAGCCAAUCAAAUUACUUCAAAUGCGGGCUUUAUAUCUAUAUUAUUUUUCGGCCGAAAAAGUGAUAUACUCGUAGAUAUUGGCAUUGUUUUAAGGCAGGCUAUCAUGUUAUUGAACGUGGCAGGUGCUUUAUUAUAGGACUUAUAAUGUAAAGUUAUAAAUAUAUAACAUAAUAACAUAUAACAUAAUGUGUAAAAACGCAUUUAAACUUCAAACUUUUAUCUCUGCCUUUAACGUUAAAGUCAACAGAAAAUAGUGUAUGAGAUUGUGGUAUUUCUUUAUUAAUUAAAACAAAUUAAGGAAAAGAAUGCACAUCAUUAACAAAUGAUUGCGGUAACCUGUUUUUUUUCCAAAAUCAAAACUAUUUUUAUUAUAUAAAUAUUUAUCCACUCAUAAUAGAUGUAAAUGUCUAAAUCAACAUCUUUGGUGUUAUAAAUGUAAGUGAAAUGAGGUAAUUUUAUGUCAAAAUGUAAAACAAUAACAAAAGAAAACAAAAAAUAUAAUGAUUAUUAAUCAUUUAUUUCUUGUGUUUAUAUAUUGUAAUUUUUGUAAUAACCGUAUUAAUCAUCAACAUUAUAUCAUAAUAAAAGUAACAUUUUGUCAUACUUUAUUAAAGACGCUAGCUUGACGAGUUUAUUGGCCGGCGACAAAUCUUAUUUUACUUUUAUCAUUGAUAUCAUUAAAUAAUGAAAAAGACUUAAACACCAUGUACAUAUAAAACAGAAUUAUAAAAUUGUUAAGUUACCAACACACUUAGCAUAGACGGUUGACCUAUGGCAUUUACUUACUGUAGUAAAGAAAUAAAUUGUACUCACUACGUAUACAAGAUAAUAAACAAAUUAUGUUAACAAAUAUAGAUUGUAAUUUGAAAUGUGAGUAAAUGAAAUAAUAAUUUGAAAUAAUUUUGAACUUGA